GCUUGCCCUCCUUCGUCCAGGUGAAGAGGGAGAUGUUCAACGUCGUGGACAAGACCACAGAAUGGGCCGAGAAGACCACAUGGGAGCGGGACGAGGCCGCCAUCACCCACCUCGCCCAAGAGGCGAUGCCUGAGGAGCCCCUGGUGGUUGAAAUGCUGGUUGCCGAUAUGAACCGCCA